AUUCAUCGCUUUUCCCACUUCAAUCUUUUUUCUUCUUCAAAACAUUCAUUCUUUAUCUUCUUCAUAUUUCACUAUCUUUUUUCUUUUAACAUUCAUUCAUCAUCUCGUCAACACAUUAUUUCAACAUUCAUUUAUUAUAUAUUUUGAACACUAUAUAUCUUCUAUUUCUUUAUUAUUCUUCUUAAAAAAUAACUCAUUCUUCCAUCUAAAAAACAUUUUCCAUGUUUCAUUUUGAAUUCAAUAUUAAUUUUUGACAAAUAUAAAUCAUUCAUAUUUUUUUUAUUCUUUCUUUCAAAUUUUCUUAAUUCAUUUUUAGAAAAUUAAGCUUUGAAACAAAUCAGUAAUAAUAAAUAAACAUUUAUAAACAAAGAAGGUUAAAGAGAACUAGAAAUUGAGAUGAAAAUUGUGUUUUUUCAUUCAAUUUAAAAUUCAAAAGUCAAGAGCGAGGGCCUGCGAGCGUGUUUUCUAGGGUUUUCCUUCAAUUUCACUCUCGUCUCAUUCAAUUGUACAGAGAGGAAUAGAAAACUGAGUUUGUUCGACGUCGUCGACGACUCUACUUCUGCUAAGAUGGUGAAAUCCAACGGCAACAAUCUCAUUAACCACUGGAACGGUAAACCCUACUCUCAAAGGUACUACGAUAUUCUAGAAAAGAGGAAAAUCCUUCCCAUUUGGCACCACAAAGAUGAUUUCUUGCAGCGUUUGAAGAAUAAUCAAACUUUGAUUCUCGUUGGUGAAACUGGUUGUGGUAAAACCACUCAGAUUCCUCAAUUUGUUUUGGAAGCUCUUGAUUUAGAGAAUAAGAUGAUGAUUGCAUGCACUCAGCCUCGUAGAUUUGCUGCAAUGUCUGUUUCACGCCGUGUGGCGGAAGAGAUGGAUGUAACUAUUGGGGAAGAAGUUGGUUAUAGCAUUAGGUUUGAAGAUUGUAGUAGCGCAAAGACAGCUUUGAAGUAUCUAACUGAUGAUAUGCUUUUGAGAGAAGCAAUGAUGGAUCCACUUUUGAAGCGAUACAAAGUAAUUAUUCUAGAUGAGGCACACGAAAGGACUGUGGCUACUGAUGUGCUGUUUGGUGUUCUUAAGGAAGUUCUUAAAAACAGAACUGACUUGAAGUUGGUGGUUAUGAGUGCAAUGAUUGAAGCUGAAGUUGAAAAGAUUAAGGGAUUUUUUUUUGGUGCCUCUCUUAUGAAAGUUCCUGGAAGGUUACAUCCGGUGGAAAUUUUUUAUACUCGAGAACCCGAAAGGGAUUACAUGGAGGCUGCUAUUAGGACAGUGGUGCAGAUUCACAUGUCUGAACCUGCUGGAGACAUACUUGUUUUUCUUACGGGAGAGGAGGAGGUAGAAGAUGCAUGCAGCAGAAUAUCGAAAGAAGUUGCAAAUUUGGGGGAUCAGGAUCAGGUUGGCCCUGUGAAAGUAGUACCGUUGUAUUCUACUCUUACGCCGGCUAUGCUGCAGAAGAUAUUUGAGCCAGCUCCGCCUCCAGUUAAGGAGGGAGGCCCCCCUGGAAGGAAGAUUGUGGUGUCAACAAACAUAGCAGAAACUUCGUUGACAAUUGAUGGUAUAGUCUAUGUCAUUGACCCUGGAUUUGUUAAGCAAAAGGUUUAUAACCCUCGAGUUUGUGUUGAGUCUUUGUUGGUGUCUCCAAUAUCAAAGGCUACUGCUCGCCAGAGAUCUGGGCGUGCUGGAAGAACUCAACCAGGGAAAUGCUUUAGACUUUAUACCGAAAGAAGUUUCAACAAUGAUCUUCAACCACAGACAUAUCCUGAAAUUUAUAAAUCUAAUCUUGCCAACACGGUUCUUACAUUGAAGAAACUGGGUAUAGAUGAUUUAAUUCAUUUUGACUUCAUAGACCCUCCUGCACCUGAAUCGUUUAUGCGUGCUUUGGAAGUGUUGAAUUACUUGGGUGCAGUGGAUGAUGAAGGCAACUUAACAAAAUUGGGUGAGAUUAUGAGCGAGUUUCCAUUGGACCCUCAGAUGGCAAAGAUGCUUGUUGUUAGUCCUGAAUUCAACUGUUCAAACGAGAUUCUUUCAAUUUCAGCCAUGUUAUCAGUACCCAAUUGCUUUAUCCGGCCUAGGGAUGCACAAAAAGCUGCGGAUGAAGCGAAAGCUAGGUUUGGACACAUUGAUGGAGAUCAUCUAAUGCUCUUGAAUGUAUAUCAUGCCUACAAGCAAAACAAUGAGGAUGCUUCUUGGUGCUAUGACAACUUCAUUAAUAAUAGAGCGCUCAAAUCAGCUGAUAAUGUUCGACAACAACUUGUUCGUAUCAUGGCUAGGUUUAACUUCAAGUUAUGCAGCACAGACUUCAAUAGUCACGACUACUACGUCAACAUUAGAAAGGCAAUGCUAGCAGGAUAUUUCAUGCAGGUGGCUCAUCUUGAGCGGACAAGAUACUACUUGACAGUGAAAAACAACCAGGAGGUACACUUGCAUCCAUCAAAUUGCCUGGAUCACAAGCCUGAGUGGGUUAUCUAUAAUGAAUGUGUUCUUACCAGUCGGAAUUAUAUAAGUACUGUGACAAAUAUAUGCGGUGAAUGGUUAGUUGAUAUAGCACCGCAUUACUAUGAUUUGUCUAAUUUCCCACAAUGUGAAGCAAAGCGUGUUCUUGAAAAGCUUUACAAGAAACGAGAGAAAGAAAAAGAUGACAAGUUAAACCCAGUGAAGGGUGUACAGGAACUGAAGUCACAGCAAAAAAUAGGGUUAGAAGUGUCAAAAGAUCUGGAUUCAAUCACAGUAGAGAAUGUAGAGGAACUGAAACCAGGAAAAGAAGCAGAGGUGAAGGUGUCAAAAGAUCUGGGUUCAAUCAGAGUAAAGAAUGUAGAGGAACUGAAAGCAGGAAAAGAAGCAGAUAUGGUGUCAAAAGAUCCGGGUUCAAUCACAGUAAAAAAUGCAGAUGAACUGAAACCAGGAAAAGAAGAAGAGCUGAAGGUAUCAGAAGAUCAUCUGACCACAGUAAAAAAUGCAGAGGCACUGAAACCAGAAAGAGAAAGAGAACUAGAAGUUUCAAAAGAUAUGGUGAUUAAGACAGUAAAGAAUGUUCAGGAACUGAAAGCAGGAAAAGAAGCAGAGAUUGUGUCAAAAGAUCUGGGUUCAAUCAGAGUAAACAAUGCAGAUGAACUGAAACCAGGAAAUGAAGCAGAGAUGAAGGUGUCAAAAGAUCAUUUGACCACAGUAAAAAAUACAGAGGCACUGAAACCAGAAAUAGAAAGAGAACUAGAAGUUUCAAAAGAUACGGUGAUUAAGACAGUAAAGAAUGUUGAGGAACUGAAAGCAGGAAAAGAAGCAGAUAUGGUGUCAAAAGAUUCGGGUUCAAUCAGAGUAAAGAAUGCAGAUGAACUGAAACCAGGAAAUGAAGCAGAGAUGAAGGUGUCAAAAGAUCAUUUGACCACAGUAAAAAAUGCAGAGGCACUGAAACCAGAAAUAGAAAGAGAACUAGAAGUUUCAAAAGAUACGGUGAUUAAGACAGUAAAGAAUGUUGAGGAACUGAAGCCAGAAAAAGAAGCCGAGUCAAGAGUUUCAAAGGGUAUUGAGGAGCUGAAACUGCUGGAAGCCAUUGAAGAGAUGAAGUUAAAACUAGAUGGACUUGAAUCAAAGCUAAAUGAGGCUGAUUUUAUUAACAAGAGUCCAAGAAAAGUUCAAGUUGGGUUCCCACUUCUCUAUGUCUGUAUGGUGGCACUUAUCUGUGUUGUUUUGGGAUACCGUUUACACUCUUGAUAUCUGGGGGAUCAAUCAUCGAGGGAGAUACUAACUUUUGAAUUGUUUCAAAGUUUGUUAUAGCAGAAGUUUAGGCACAACGUCACUUCAUAUCUAUAAAUAUAAUCAGGGAUCUCUCUAUACUUGAGGUCAGUGAUGUUCCAUCUGGUCUGUCUAGUCCAUAAUCAUUUUGAGUUUGUAUAUGCAGAAUUUCGCACUUGUAAAGGUACAGAUAGUACAAAAUAUAUAGUGGUGAGAUUAGUGGAAAACUGAAAAAUGUUAUGUAAGUUGCUUGAGAUUGUUCUCGUUUUCCCUGUGAACUUGAAACUGGUCUUGAUUUUGUUGAGUUAUGGCAUUAAUUAAUGAAUACAACCUGUGAUGGAUCGUCCA